GACUGUUGGAGACCAAGGAGAAUCUGAGAACCCACGGAGCUCAGGGGGACCCCUCCACGGACUUCGGAGCUGGCGCUGGGAGGCGAGGCAUUGGUGUGCGGUGUGCGCGUGCGCGGGUGCUGACUAGACCCACCGGUGCAGGGUGGCCAGAGCAGGGGGACGUGGACAGGAGCCGAUGCUCCCAAGACCACAAGAUCCCAUCGCGGACACGUGAAGACGGGCAGUAGUAGCUCCGGAGGCGGGGAUGGAAGGACUCUCGCUCGAGGCCGCCCCCCAGGGUUCCAAGGCGGGAGAAACCUGGCAACCAGAGGGUCAGGUAAGGGAGAGCUGCCAGAAGCAAGAGGCCGUGCCCCACAGCGAAGAGCCCACCGGGCGAGCUGUGCCGGCGCAGGAUGAGCUCAGCGCAGGGAUUCCGGGAACCGGCUCGAGCCCUCCCCGUCCCCAAACCGACAGCGGUCUCCAGAGGCGCGGGGCGCCAAGGAAGAACCGGAAGCAGAAGCAGGCGGAGUCCAGGACGCAGGAGCGCGGGGGCGGACCGGGGAAGCCUUGGAAGUGUGGGGACUGCGGCAAGGCCUUCAGCUACUGCUCGGCGUUCACCCUGCACCAAAGAACGCACACCGGGGAGCGGCCGUUCGCGUGCGCCGAGUGCGGCAAGGCCUUCAGCCAGAGCGUGCACCUGACGCUGCACCUGCGCACGCACACGGGCGAGCGGCCCUACGCGUGCCCAGAGUGCGGCAAGGCCUUCAGCCAGGGCUCCUACCUGACUUCGCACUGGCGCACACACACGGGCGAGCGGCCGCACCGCUGCGCCGACUGCGGCAAGGCCUUCGCGCGCCCCACGCACCUGGCCCAGCACCGGCGCGUGCACACAGGCGAGCGGCCGUUCACUUGCGGCCAGUGCGCCAAGGCCUUCCGCAACCGCUCGUCCCUGCUGGAGCACCAGCGCAUCCACACGGGUGAGAAGCCGUUCGUGUGCGCGCAGUGUGCUAAGGCCUUCCGCUUCUCGUCGGCGCUCAUCCGCCACCAGCGCACACAUACGGCCGAGCGGCCCUACGCCUGCGGCCAGUGCGCCAAGGCCUUUUCGCAGACCGCGCACCUGACGCAGCACCGGCGCGUGCACACCGGCGAGAAGCCGUACGCCUGCCCCGACUGCGGCGCGCCCUUCAGCCAGAGCGCCUCGCUGGCCGAGCACCGGCGCAUCCACACGGGCGAAAAGCCGUACGCGUGCGCGCAGUGCGGCAAGGCCUUCACGCAGGUAUCCCACCUGAGCCAGCACCAGCGCGUGCACACGGGCGAGCGGCCCUAUGCGUGUCCAGACUGCGGCCGCGCCUUCAGCAACCGCUCGCACCUGCGGCAGCACCAGCUGGCGCACACGGGCGCCAAGCCCUACAGGUGCCUGCAGUGCGGCGUGGCCUUCAGCCACGUGUCCUCCCUCAUCGAGCACCAGAAGGUCCACACAGGCGAGAGGCCCUACCGCUGCGCACAGUGCGGGAAGGCCUUCAGCCAGGGCUCCUCGCUCACACUGCACCAGCGCACGCACACGGGCGAGCGGCCGUACGCGUGCCCCGAGUGCGGCAAGGCCUUCAGCAACCGCUCCUACCUGAUCCAGCACCACAUCGUGCACACCGGGGAGAGGCCCUUCGAGUGCGGCGGCUGCGGCAAGGCCUUCAGCUUCUCCUCCGCGCUCAUCCGCCACCAGCGCACGCACGCCGACGGGAAGCCCUGCUCAGGCGGCCGGUGCGGCGACACCGUCGCGCAGCUGCCGCCCCUGACGCGAUACCUGAGCUGCCCCCGGGAGGAGACACGGGUUGGCGGCGGGGAUGUGGCGGACCUGGCGGCAGGCGGACGGGCGGACCGGAGCUGA